UGAACUGCUUUAGCAGAAGGCCGGUUUGUUCUUUGGAUAACGGGUAGUCCACCUCCGGCCACGAUUCACACAUCCAGGUGCCACAGUUCACAGUCUCCUCUCGAUCACUGCGAUACAACCUUGCCGGUACAACUUCGAAUCAAGGCAAAGAUAUGCUGUGUCUUUUGUUGAUCGCUUGCCUCGCAGUGGCCAAUGGCCACGAGUUUAAAACAGUUCGCUCGUGGAACUGCAUCGAUUUCAAUUUUCCAAAUGAUGACGUUCGAAACACAUUGAUAUCCAAUGGUUGCUAUAUUCCGGAGAAUAAUAUGCCCCUUGGUAUGCACGUUUGGAAUGACAAAAUAUUUGUUACCGUACCAAGAUGGAAGGCAGGCGUCGCGUCUACUCUGAACUACUUUUCAAAAAAUGAUCCAUCAGAAUCUCCAAGACUAACUCCUUAUCCCAAUUGGGAAAUGAAUUAUAUUAAUAAUCCUGAUGGUAUCGUGAGCAUCUUCCGAGUCAGAGCUGACGCUUGUGGUCGACUAUGGGGUGUCGAUACAGGUGUCGAUGAUAUCUUGGGUAAUAAUACCGUCGUACGACCUGUGAGGAUUUUCGUGAUCGACUUACAGACUGACGAGAUACUGCGAGUUUAUCCACUAAAGAGCACGGAUCAAGUGGAUAAUUCCUUCUUCGCCGAAUCGGUGGUCGACGUAGAUCCAAAUAAUUGCGACAAUGCUUAUCUUUACAUAUCCGAUUUUGCUGGAUACGGUUUGGUAGUUUAUAGUUGGGCCAAGAACGACUCCUGGCGGAUCACGCACAACUUCUUCCACUUCGAUCCUCUUAAUGGAAAUUUUGAUAUCAGCGGAUACAAGUUCCAAUGGACAGACGGUGUAUUUGGAAUGUCCUUGUCCGCACCUCAGAGCGAUGGCUAUAAAACCUUGUACUUCCAUGCAAUGUGUGGCAUCACUGAAUUUUCAGUAUCCACUGAAGUCCUACAGGAUCACGAACUGAAAAAAUCUGGAGACUAUGACGCUUUCCACGUCGAGGGUGAGAAGGGUCCAAAUACUCAGGGACCUACAUCUUUGAUCGAUACGAACACUGGUAUCGAUUACUUCCUUCAGGUGAAGAGAAAUGGCAUCGCGUGCUGGGAUACCAGCGCUGAGUUGAAUCCAAACACUUUUGUUCUCGCGGCACAAGACAAUAACACGAUGGUGUUCGGCAACGAUUUAUCGAUAGAUCGGUCCAGCAACACGUUAUACAUGCUUUCUGACAAUCUUCCACAAUUCAUGUUCUCCACUUUCGAUCUGCAAAAGCGUAACUUCUUCAUCACAGCGGCUAAUCUAGAUUCCCUGACGCAGAUUUGCAAAAAACAGGAUGUCAAAGUCGGAAGACGACUUCCUCAUAUUCUUUAACGAGACGGUGCUGUAAUUCGGCUAUUCGAGAAUUAUCUAAUAAAUAUCCAUUGGAUCUGUACACGUCGUCCGUACAAAUAUCAAUUACCUUCAAUUUAUUUCGUUAAUAUCAAAUUUUGCAAUUUUGCGAUUCAAUGCAAAUGCGAAUUGAAAAUCGAAAAUUCUGUUUAUUAUACUAAUCGUAUAGUUA